UUAUCUUAUCAAUAUGUAGACACAUUCGUGAUUAACAGAACUAGUUUUCCACCUUUCACUCGAUAUAGUGAAAAUAUUGUUCUACAAAAUGGGUGUCAAAUUAUUUUGUGUUCUUACCGUGGUAUUCUUCGUUUGUCAGAAUAUACCACCAGGAUCCGCAAUCGUAUGUUACCAAUGCGAAGAAGUCAUCCGUAGUGGGAUUUCGGGAUGUAACGACUUGAAGGUCAGUUCUGUUCUGAAAGAAAACUGUACUGCAUCAUUCGUUUGUAUUAAAUACAUACAAUCAGAUGGCAAAACUUCAGUGGUACACAGAAGUUGCGCUCCUUCGUCUAAAUGCGACGAAUUGAAAGGAGCUUCCACUAAAUACGAGUUCGUUACAUUGUGUGAAACAUGUAAUUCAACGUUGUGUAAUUCAGGAAUACCAAUCAAGGUUUCUUUUUGGAUAACUUUUGCAUUAUCUGCAUAUGUUGUAGGAUCUAUAUUUUGAAAUAAAGGUAAACUUUUGAUUAAAAAAAC